AUAGACAAAAAAGCGUACAAAGAAGUGGUUUAGUACCUAAAAGCCAUUUAUAAGUAAUGCAGAUUUAAUUUCUGAAGUCUCAAGAACUUAUCUAUUGUGAUGUAUCACUAUUUUGUCCAAGAAUUGCUCUAAAAUUAGUUAAGAUGUUGAAACUAUAUGCUGUACUUGUGAUUUGUACAAUAUUUGUACGUGUAUCCUCAAAGGAGGAGGUCUACUCUAACAGUUGGGCUGUUGAAGUGAACGGAGGACACCAUGUAGCCGAUGCUACUGCUCGAAAGCAUGGAUUCACCAAUAAAGGCCAGGUUGGUAGUCUUGACGAUGUGUACCACUUUGUGCAUGAAAAGUCUCCAGCUCGAGAAAGAAGGAAUAUUGAUAUUCUGCAUCCUAAACACAACCACCUAGCUGCUGAAGAACAUGUCUCGUAUGUAGAGCAGCAGGUUGUGAGGACCAGAGUGAAAAGAUUUGUAUACAGCACACCCACUGACGCCAACUGGCGCAAUCAGUGGUACCUGCAUCGACCCAGUGGUCACGACAUGAAUAUAGAGAGGACUUGGGAACAGGAUAUUAUUGGACGAGGGUCAGUGGUCUCCAUUCUGGACGAUGGGUUUGAGCACUCUCACCCUGACCUCAAGGACAUCUAUGACCCCAUGGCAAGCUAUGACUUCAACAGCCACGACAGUGACCCGUUCCCUCGCUAUGAUUACAGCAAUGAGAACAAGCACGGGACUCGGUGUGCUGGAGAGGUGGCCGCUAACAGGGACGGCAAGUGUGGGGUGGGCGCGGCUUAUGGGGCUAAGGUUGGAGGUAUUCGUAUGCUGGAUGGUGACGUGACCGAUGUAGUGGAGGCUAGCUCCCUCUCUCUCAAUCCCCAGCAUAUCCAGAUCUACAGCAGCAGCUGGGGCCCUAGCGACGAUGGGGCGACCAUUGAUGGCCCAGGACCACUCGCAAGGAAAGCAUUCAUUGAUGGAAUACAAAAGGGCCGAGGAGGUCUGGGCUCACUAUUUGUGUGGGCAGCUGGCAAUGGUGGUCGCUAUGGAGACAGUUGUAACUGUGACGGGUAUGCCGUGAGUCCUUACACCAUAUCAGUGGGUUCUGCCAGUCAGCGGGACAGCAAGCCGUGGUAUCUGGAACAAUGCUCCUCUACCAUUGCAUCCACCUACAGCAGUGGGGCCUCCGGAGAGCAGCAAAUUGUGAGUACUGACCUCCAUGGCAAGUGCACGGCCCACCACACUGGCACCAGUGCAGCUGCCCCACUUGCUGCAGGCAUUCUAGCACUCGCCCUCGAGGCUAAUGGUAACCUGACGUGGAGGGACAUGCAGUACCUGCUGGUGUACACCUCAAACCCACACUAUCCCCACGACGACCACUGGAUCACUAACGGAGUGGGCCUCAAAGUCAGCCAUCUUUACGGAUUUGGAAUCAUUGAUGCUACAGCUCUCGUUAAUCGAGCUAGGAACUGGCUAACUGUAUCCCCUCGUCUGAACUGCACCAUAGACCUCGCCAAAACUAUUGCCACGGAGUCGACCUCUGUACCUAGUGCUCCACUGAAAGUAAUGGGCAAAUUUUCAUCCGAUUGUGCUGUAUCAUAUAUCGAACACGCCCAAGCGAUUGUGACCCUCAAAAUGGUGGCUGGUCAACGUAAAGACGUCAGUAUUACCUUAACGUCACCACAAGGCACAAAGUCCAUUUUACUGCCGUAUAGAAGAUCAGAUCGACACACGGAUGGAAUUCACAAUUGGCCCUUUAUGACUUUGUUGACAUGGGGGGAAUCCCCUCAGGAGGGGGAGUGGUCUCUUGUGGUUAGCACACAGAACGGAGCCAAAGCUGAACUGUCCAGAUUAGAACUUGUUGUACACGGAACGCAUGAAACCCCAAGAGCUCUUCGCAAUGUUCCGGCUGACUGUGACCCCCAGUGUAAAGGGGGAUGCUCUGCUCCCGGACCAGAAUUUUGUGACGAUUGUAAGAAUUUUCGAAUGUUCUCAACGCUCAAAUGUGUUGAAAAAUGCCCAGUAGGAACGUUUCAGAAUCACCACAUGUGUAUAAAGUGCCCCGAGCUAUGCACAGAAUGUACGGAUCAGCAUACUUGUGUGAGCUGUGUCGAUGGUGCGAUUCGAUUGGACGAUGGCUUGUGUGCCGAAGGGUGCCCCUCACUAACAUAUCUCGCUCAAGAUCACACCUGCAAAUCCUGUCACAGUUCCUGUCUCAGCUGCAAUGGUCGUUCAGAGCAUAACUGUACCGAUUGCCCGGGGCAAUUCUCUCUACAGGAUGGACAGUGCGUCAUUAGAAAUCCAGAAUCUUGCGAAUUUAGACAAUACUUUGAUCACAGAGCUUUAGAAUGUCGAUUGUGCCAUGCUUCAUGUCAGAACUGUACCGGUAAAGAAAGUAAUCAAUGUACCCGUUGUCAUAGUAAUCACACCCUCGCUGACGACGGCCGCUGCUUGGAGAAUCAACCCACUAUCGAAUGUGAGCACAGGGAGUAUUUCGACCGAGAGGGUUUUCGGUGUAACCCCUGCCCCAUCAAAUGUGCUAGCUGCUCUUCAAACAUGACCUGUACAUUCUGUGAAGAUCCCUUCUACCUGACAACCACCGGAAUGUGUGUGGAGAAAUGUCCAAAUCGCACUGUCACCAACAACAAAACCCAUACUUGUCUGGAUACACACUGCACCGAUAAAUGUCUCACUUGUUUCGGAGCGUCUGCUGACAGCUGUACAAAAUGUGAAGACGGAACUUUCUUGUUUGGUUUGUCCUGUGUUACCGAGUGCGCUGAGCACACCUUUGUUACCUCCGAUAACACUUCUUGUCAACAUUGUAACGAGUCAUGUGCCUCGUGUAAUGGACCCUCGAUCAGUGACUGUCUCUCAUGCCCAAAGGGGAAGUUUCUUGUCCAAAAUAAUUGUUUAUCCGUUUGCCCUGAAGGAAGUUUUGCGUCUGAUGAUACAUGUGCUCCCUGUCUUACCAACUGUGCUCAAUGCUCAUCUGCUACUAGCUGUCAAUUGUGCAAAGAUGGAUUGUUGCUGAUGGCUUCAGAUAACUCAUGCGUGGAGGAAUGCCCAGAGGGCUUUGUCAAACAGCCAGCCAGCAAAUCCUGUAAAUCGUGUGGACCGCACUGUAUCGAUUGCUCAGAUCCGACCACCUGUCACAAAUGCGAGGAAAACUUUGUCUACUAUGCUCCUAACCGAUUGUGUCAAUCUCACUGUCCCGAUGGCUACUACCUCAACCCUAACAAGAGAAGCUGUCUCGAGUGUAAGCCCCCGUGCAGCACCUGUGUGGGCUCGGCUAACCAAUGCCUUACCUGUGGUAGCAACAUGGUAUUUGACAAAACUUUGAACAAAUGUCGUUCCUGUUGUAACUCUGAUCGGGCGGUUGGCGUGCCGUGCUGUGAUUGCGAUGCUUCGUCCACCGAGUGUGUGAAUAAAAACAGUCCGGACGUGCAAGAGCCUCUUGUUGAGAGUAAUGGUACACACUUCAUUCUUGUCGGCCUGGGGGUGAUGAUGGUGGUUACCCUGGUGAUUAUUUCGGCAUUAUUGGUAGUAUAUGUACUACACAGACGUAGUCGGAAGUAUCGAAAGCUGAAUGAGAAGGAUCUUUUGAAGAUUGAAGAUGACAGUGGAUCAGAUAUGGAGAUUUUCAUACAGAAGACAAAGAAAGGAUACACAAGUUUAGACACUAUUGAUCAUGACACUAUUGGUCAGGAUGCUAUUUGAUCAGUACAUACUGCAUAACAUCCUGAUGUCAAUAAUUAUAUAAGUUAAUUAUCUUAUUUUUAUAAUUACCAAGCUAUUGUAUUGUCUAGCGAUAAAAAUAAUUUAUUUGUUCACAGAAAAUGAAGAUUUUGCAAAAAUGCAAUGAA